AUGAAUAACUUACAUAAUCAUCAACAGCAAGAGAAUUAUAAGAUCAACAGAGGAUCUCACAAGAGUACCAUUCCCCAUGAAGUUAAUAAACAAUUUAAGUUGCACCAAUUUAGUUUGGCUUCAGUAGCGAGCAUUGUGGAGAACUUUCUUAGUUCUGGUCGCCUUCUUGCGUUUCUCGCCACAGUAGCUUUAUCUCUUCGAGCUAUAAUCUUCAUGUAUCCUUUUGCCGGUACAUAA